AUGAAACCGGAAUCUCUGGAUGGUAUUUCUUGUGACAGCGAGUUACGACAACUCAAGCAACAUCUUGAAGAAUCAGAGAAGAAACUAGUUACAUAUCGAAGUUUGCUAGAUGCCAUGGAAAAAGGAGACAUGAAUGAUGCUGUGUUGGAACACUGUCCUAACUUGUCAAAAGCUAUAAUGGAAAAUGCAAAACUCAAAUAUAGGAUGAAGAUCCUUCAGGCGAGUAUACGUAAGCAAGAACAAUUGAAUGAGGAAAAUGGAAUUAAAAACAGCAGUGCUGAAGUACCUGUGGAGAAGAAGUCGAAAACGAAGAUUUCCUUAAAAAACGAUGGUGAUAAAUCUGCAGGAGAUAAAAGACCCUCGAAGGAAAGCAAAAAAUACAAUUAUGUCAUUGUGAAGGAUUUCGGAAGUUCACUGCUGUGCAUGUUGCGUGCCAUAUUUUUAGAAAGCGUUUCUAAGCUCUAUCCGGAAAUGUCUGAUAUUCCUAUUUUAAUAACAGAAACUCAGCAAAUUAAAUUUGGUGACUAUCAGUUCAAUUCGUCCAUGUCCAUUGCUCAGAAGUUACUACGAAAUGGCCAGAAGAUUUCCCCUCAAGAAGUCGCACGAAAAAUCUUGGACAACCUGCCGGAAUGUGAUCGGAUUGAGAAGAUGGAAGUUUCUGGACCUGGUUAUAUUAAUAUAUUUUUAAAUAGAAGUUGGAUUGCCACUAGUAUUACAAAUAUCGCUCUAAAGGGUAUUGAAGUCCCAGUAAUUGAAAAACGCCGUGUUCUAGUUGAUUUUUCGUCUCCAAAUAUCGCUAAGCAAAUGCACGUGGGUCAUUUGAGGUCCACAAUCAUAGGCGACAGUAUUUCUCGUUUGCUCACCUACGUUGGUUUCGAUGUUCUUCGUUUGAAUCACAUUGGUGAUUGGGGUACACAAUUUGGCAUGCUGAUUGCUCAUUUGCAAGAUUGUUUUCCAAAUUUCAUUAAUGAGGUACCACCAAUUUCGGAUCUGCAGGCUUUCUACAAGGAAUCAAAGAAGCGUUUUGAUGAAGAUGAAGCAUUUAAAGCCCGCGCUUAUCAAUGUGUUACCAAGUUACAAAGUUUCGAUCCAGAUUUCUUGAAAGCAUGGCAAAUGAUUUGCGAUGUUUCUCGGAAAGAUUUCAGUCAAAUUUACGACCGAUUGGAUAUAAAUAUUGUUGAACGGGGCGAAUCGUUCUAUCAGAAACAUAUGGUUGAACUCGUCGAAGAACUUGACAAACUUGGUGUUUUGGAACUUGAUGAGGGGAGGAAAAUUUUAAAACUUAGUGAAGGAGUUCCACUUACUGUCGUCAAAUCAGAUGGUGGUUUUACAUACGACACAUCUGAUCUAGCAGCUCUGAAAUACCGCUUGUUUGUUGAUAAAGCGGAUUGGAUCAUUUACGUUGUUGAUGCUGGGCAAAGUCUACAUUUUGAACUAUUGUACGCUGCCGGUCAGAAACUCGGAUGGUAUUCACCGUCUGAAAAACGAGUCGAACUUGUCAGUUUUGGUUUAGUUCUUGGAGAAGACAAAAAAAAGUUUAAAACGCGGUCGGGUGAUUCAGUUCGAUUAACAGAUUUGCUUGAUGAGGGUGUGAAGCGAGCAGAAGCAAAAUUACAAGAGAAAGAACGAGAUAAGGUUAUGAUUCCGGAAGAGUUGGCAUUAGCUCGUGAUGCUGUUGCGUAUGGUUGUGUGAAAUAUGCUGAUUUAUCGCAGACUCGUACGCAAGAUUAUGUCUUCUCGUUUGAUCGGAUGUUGGAUGAUCGAGGUAAUACUGCUGUUUAUCUUCUCUACGCUUUUGCUAGAAUACAAUCAAUAUGUCGUAAUAGUGGAGUUUCUGAAGAGGAUAUACAUAACUAUCUACAAAGUUUGCCUAAUGGACUUCUUCCGUUGGAACAUAAAUCAGAAUUUAGAUUGGCAAAAACAAUUCUGAAAUUUACUGACUGUAUUUUGAAUACAUUGGAUAAUUUCCUUUUGCAUCAACUUUGUGAUUAUGUCUAUUCGCUAGCUACAACAUUCCACGACUUUUAUAACGAAUGUUACGUAAUUCAGAAAGAUACUGAUGGAAAAACUACAAUUCAUUAUCAGCGGUUAGUGUUGUGCAAGGUGACAGCUGCUAUAAUGGCCGACUGCUUCAAAAUAUUAGGGCUGAAGACUGUCGAGAAAAUGUGA